UUGAAGUGCUUGGAUAUUCCCAGCAGCAGAAAAAAAGAAGUGUCAUUAAAACAGGUUGUAAUAAGUUAUCAGAGAAGGAACAAAGACAGAGAGCACGGUAAGCACAGCCGUAUGGGACUGUGGUAGAGCUUUUAGCAGAGAGCUCCAUCAAAUCUUCUGCUUUCUGCUUUUUACUGACUGGAUCAUGGGAGGAUUUGCACUCUUGGUGUCUCUGUGUCACUGUGUGGUUCUUGUGUGGGGACAAUCCAUUUCAAGUCAAAUAUCUCAAGUUACAUCUACCACAACUAUUGUAACAACAGCAACAACUGCUCAAGAAGCUCCACCCAAUGUUAAAAGGGUGUCUGUGACUAACCGUAAUGAGACUACCUUAACAUUAGAAUGGGACAAAGUAAACAACGACAGCAAAUACAGUUACAACCUGUCCUACAAUGGAGGAGAAGAACACAUUGUUGCCUCCCAGGAGGGUUUGUUAGUGACACACACAGUCUACUCUCUUUCUCCUGGGACUGAAUACACAUUCAUUCUCUACACUUUAUCUGGAGGAUUAAACAGCAGUGGAUUCAUCAUUACCAAUUUCACCACGCCGUCUAGUGUUACUAAUGUCUCUGUAACGGAUCGUAAUGAGACGGCGUUAACAUUGCAAUGGAACAAAGUGAACAACAACAAUAAUUACAGUUACACACUGAGCUACAGUGGAAGCACCACCUACAUCAAUGGAUCAGAAGAUGAUAUAGUGACACACACGGUCUCCUCUCUUUCUCCUGGGACGGAAUACACUUUCACUCUCUACACUGUGUUUAAAGGGGUGGAGAGUAGAGGAUUCAGCUUUACCAAUGUCACAACUCCGUCUAGUGUUACUAAUGUCUCUGUAACGGAUCGUAAUGAGACGGCGUUAACAUUACAAUGGAACAAAGUGAACAACAACAAUAAUUACAGUUACACACUGAGCUACAGUGGAAGCACCACCUACAUCAAUGGAUCAGAAGAUGAUAUAGUGACACACACGGUCUCCUCUCUUUCUCCUGGGACGGAAUACACUUUCACUCUCUACACUGUGUUUAAAGGGGUGGAGAGUAGAGGAUUCACUGUUACCAAUGUCACAAUAUACAUCAGUUGGUUUCAUUCAAUCACUUCCAGCACCUGCUUCUCUUUUUCAGCUCCAUCUAUUGUUAGCAGUGUCUCUUUAAGGGAUCGUAAUGAGACGGCGUUAACAUUGCAAUGGAACAAAGUGAACAACAACAAUAAUUACAGUUACACACUGACCUACAGUGGAAGCACCACAUACAUCAAUGGAUCAGGAGGAGGUGUUAUAGUGACACACACGGUCUCCUCCCUUACUCCUGGGACGGAAUACACUUUCACUCUCUACACUGUGUUUAAAGGGGUGGAGAGUAGAGGAUUCACUGUUACCAAUGUCACAAUUCCAGCUAAAGUAACUGGUCUUCAUUGUGAAUAUGCAUCGGGAGGCUAUGGUCUAACGCUGUUUUGGGAUCCUCCAGUUGGAGUAAGGACAGCCGUGUAUGUCAUUAUAAGUGGCAAACACUUUAAUCAGUCUGAGGAAAGCUUGUUUAUAGGUGAACUACAACCUACACAGUGGUACACCAUGACUGUGAUUGCAAUCUCUGGGUCUGCGCAGUCCCCCCCAGUCUCAGUCACCUGUCAGACUGAUCCAAGAGGCGUUAUAGCAGGUGUUGUGGUGUUUCUACUCAUCCUCAUCCUUUGUAUUGGUAUAUUUAUAUGGCAUCGCAAGUCAAAGCAUCCAGGUGUCUUAAGCAAGCUUAAAUCAUCUACAGAAGACAAAGCAUCCACUAAUAAAUACAGGCCAAUUCCCCUGAAGAAUUUUCCUGAAUACUUCAGUUCCAUGGGUCGUGAUGAAAACCGUGGUUUUUAUGAGGAAUAUGAGAAUUUAAGUGCAGUAGGUACAGAUCAGAGUCAUACAGCUGCUGACCUCCCUGAAAACAAGAAAAAGAACCGAUUUAUCAACGUAUUACCUUACGAUUUAUCUCGUGUGAAGCUCACUGUACAGACUGCUGCUGACUCUGACUACAUCAAUGCAAACUAUAUACCUGGUUAUAACAGUAUCUGCAAGCAGUACAUAGCUACACAGGGUCCUCUCCCCUCCACCAUCAGUGAUUUUUGGAGAAUGGUGUGGGAACAGAAGUCCCAGGUCAUUGUCAUGCUGACCAACUGUAUCGAGGGUGGAAGGAUUAAGUGUGAACAGUAUUGGCCACUGGACUACACGCCCUGUGUCUAUGGAAACCUGCAGGUCACCGUCCAAUCAGAGCACAAAGAGAAAAGCUGGACUCUCCGAAAAUUUGUUGUCAGAAAUAAGGCUACCUUUGAAGAGCAGAAAGUGACUCACUUCCAUUUCACCGCAUGGCCUGAUCAUGGAGUUCCCAGGGCAACAGAGGAGUUGAUCCAGUUCCGCAGGAUUAUCCGCCAGCACAUGGAGCAAAUGGAUUUUCCAUUUAUGGGUCCUACAGUGGUUCACUGCAGUGCUGGAGUAGGCAGGACAGGCACUCUGAUCGCCCUGGAUACCUUACUACAACAGCUGGAAAAAGAGGAAGCAGUCAGCAUUGCUGGCUGUGUACACUGCAUGAGGCUCAGCCGGCCCCUUAUGGUGCAAACCGAGGCUCAGUACGUGUUCCUGUACCAGUGCAUGAUGAAUUCUCUUCAACCCAAUAAGGACUCCCAGCACAUCGAAGAGUCUAUCUAUGAAAAUUCAGAUAUGAUUUACACUAAUGCUAUGGCUCUAAAUCAGUUUAAUCAAGGUAACACAGGAGUUUAAACAGGCAUAUGCAUUCUA